AUGGACCUCAAGAAGUCAAAGCGCAAGCCGAAUUUUUCCAUUGAGGAAAUAACCAUUAUCACGGAGUCGUGUGGAGUUGCUCCACGAAGUCUUGUAGAGGUAAAAGACAAAUGGAAAAACCUCCUCUCCCAAGCAAAGAGGGAGAACUCAGAGUUCAAGCGGGAGAGGGGCAAAACCAGAGGUGGUCCAGCACCCAAGCCUCCAUCCGCCGCCACGGCAAAAAUAAUAGAGGAGUACCAAGACACUCCCAGUUUUUCCGGGCUGAUUGGUUUUGAGACCGGCGAUUCGUUGGCUGAUGACUUAGAAGAACCAUCGGUUUUAGAUCAGGUUGAAGAAUCAGAGGUUCAUCUUCCUACUAAACAUGCUACCCCUACUCCAAAGAAAAAAACAUUAAUGCAGAUGACGUACUACAAGUGCAGUAUGAGGCCCUCCAGCUUCAAAAAAUCAAAAACUACGAUUGGAGGUCUUUCUUUUGAGGAAAAGUAUAACAGAGGAAUGAGGGCCCUGAUACACAUUCAGAUCUGGCUCAUCAUCAGGUCCAGCUGCUGGGCCAUCAUAUAUGUCAUUUCUCACGAUUGCAAUAUUAUGCAAUACAGCACAAGCCCCUAUUAA